AUGAUCAAGCUGAUGACAAAUGAAAGUGGUGCACAGAUCAGGAUCAUUCCCAGGGAUAAACUUCCAACAUGUGCAUCGGCUCAAGAUGACAUGGUUCAGAUCACCAGAGAGAUUGAUGCUGUUAAGAGAGCUCUUCAUUUAGUUUCUAUGCAGUUUUUGGGAAAUACCGUUAAGGAUCAUAAUUUGGGUUCUGCCACAUCGAUUGGGAUUUCAUCUCAGCCCUUGGAUCAUCCUCAUCCAACGGAAGAAGCUAAUCCACAUGCACAUCAUUUUGUUGUUUCACGUCGACCACCAUACCCUCCUGGACCUCUUGUAUACUAA